GGGGGCUGCCAACACAUUCGGACACGUCUGUUCAUGGAGACAAUAUAACCCAGCGCAUUGUGUUGAACCAUACCAAUAUUAUUCUGACCAUCAUCGACUUCAUCAGCAUCAACAUCAUCACCCAAGAUGGGCUCCCAUCAGAAGGUCAACCAUGGUGAUAAACCCAUCCUCCUCUUCACCAGCAUCCCAGCAACUGGCCACAUAACUCCCACCCUCCGCAUAGCUUCCGCCCUCCAUGCUCGCGGCUGGCCCGUCUUCUACCUUGGCCCUACUGCCCACAAGGCCACCAUAUCCGCCACCGGAGUCCAAUUUCUCCCCUUUCUCGACGACGCAGACUUCAACGACUUGACGUACUUCGCCCCCAAGGGGGAGGGGGCCAUCACCGAAAAAGAUGCAGUGGUCCAAGGUACUACUUCUGAACCAACCUGGCGCGACCGCGUCUUCAGCGACUUCCGCGAGUUUUUCAUCUCCCCCAUUCCGGCUCGGCACCGCUCCCUCUGUGCCGCCUUGACCCACAUCCACCAGCUUUUCCCCCCUUCUUCUGCUCGAGUGGUAGUAGUAGCAGAAGCAACGUCCAACUUCCUCCUCCCUCUCUUCCACGGGGCCCCCCUCCCUCCUUCCAUUCCCAAGCCAAUCGGCUCCAUUGCUCUAAGCGUCAUGAUCCCUGCCCUCCGGUCUGCGCACAUCCCACCAUUGGUCUCUGAACCGAUAGAGUUUGAUACUACUCCUGCUUACCGAGAACGGGUCGCCAAGAUAUGGAGGGACUGGGAGAUGGAAACAAGGGGUCUAAAAGAGUUGCUGGUGGAGAAAGUGGAACAAGCAGGCGGCAAGGACUUUGCCAAAGCCAUGGAGACACGCGAAAGGGAAAAGGGUCGCGAAAGCUGGGCAUUGCUUAGCGGGGAGUGUUUUGUCGGGUAUGAUCACGUUUGUCAGAUUGGUGUUGAGAGUUGGUUUUACAAGACGGAAGAGGGGUGGCCGGCGAAUUGGCGGUUUGUAGGUGCGGUGCCCAAGUCGGUUCGUGUUCUUGAGGAAGCAAAGCAAGCCUUGGUGGAUGAGGUCAAGCUGGCGAGGGAGAAGGAAGGAAAGAAAGUGGUCGUGGUAGCGCAGGGAACCGUGGAGAUUGACCCGAGGCAUCUUAUCCUUCCAACCAUUCAAGCUUUGGGUGGACGAGAAGAAGACACCCUGGUGGUGGCCAUCUUGGGACACCGCGGCCGAACACUACCAAAGGACGUGGUAGUGCCCGCCAACGCAAAGGUGGUCGACUACCUCGCCUACGACGCCAUCCUCCCCCACGCCGACGUCUUCGUGAGCAACGCCGGCUACGGUGCGGUGAUGCACGGCAUUGGUCACGGGGUGCCGAUGGUUGUCGCGGGAGAAGAACAGGACAAGAAGGAGAACGUUGUGCGGGUGCAGUGGCGUGGACAUGGGAUUAAACUGAACAAGUCGUGGAGAGACGACAAGGAGUAUGUGAAGGAGUUAGCAGAAGCUGUUGGGAAAAUCAUGGACGAGGAGGAGGGGAGGGAAGUAAGAAAACGGGCCAUGGAACUGAAGGAGGAAGCGGACAGCAUCGAUUGCAUCAUGACCGUCGAGGAGUGCCUAUCCCCCUACUUGUAAUCCAUUAGUACAACCCAA